GUAAUGAACAUUUUUUUUAUAAUGGUGAUGAAAUUAUAUUGCAAGAGGAAACAAAACAAAACCUAAAAAAAUACAGUAAAAGGGAAUCAAAAUGACUGAUCCCACAAGAAAGAGAAAAAACUGGGGGAAAAAGUGGACUAAACCGCUCCUACUCAAACGCAACAACACAAAACCACAGGGAAAUCCCAACGAAGACAGCAAAACAAGACAAAAGGACAACAGAAUUCAAAAUAGCAUUUGGUUGAAAAGUUUCAUUGGAAAAACUCUUGGUGGGCAAUUUUUUUUAGAUAAAGUUUCAUUGGAAAAAACUCUUGGUGGGCGAUUUUGUUUUGUGGUUGAUGAAAAUUCCUUUUUUACAAUUACUGGAUGAUUUUGUUUUAAUUGUUUGCAUACAGUGGAGGACUCGGCCAAAGAAAAAGAAAGGAGGGGUAGAGUGGAUUAAUAAGAAAUGGGCCACAUUGUCAUGUCCAUCUAAGAAUUAUUAAUUUUAUUCUUUUUUAACCGUUGACCCAUGCAGUAUUUUCGUGGCCAAUAUGGAUUAAAUAAAAAAAGCAAUAUCAUAAGGGGCCUAUAAUUCAGUCCAUUUAUUGAUAACUAGUGCUUAGCAUUUUUGUAUUCUAUGGAGGCCCUUCAAAUUAUGGGGCCCUGUGCUGGCAGGCCGACCAACACAGGCCCAUGGUCGAGCCUGUCAAGGAAAGGCUGGACAUGGGACUUUGCAACCUGGAAUGGCAGCAACGAUUUCCCUAGUCCUCCACGCACCAUCUCAUCAAAGUCAAGUCAGACCAUCGUUCGGUCUCGAUUGCAAUGAAGUUGCUCCUAUUAAGCAGAACAUGGUGCUUUGCUCCCAGUUUCUCACACCGUGGCUGGCCCACAAUGAUUUUAUCCCUUUGUUCUCUCUGUUUGGAAUAAUACAAAGAGCUUUCCUUUAUCAUUGCAGGACUUGGAUACCAGGCUGCAGAAAUGGAACAAUGAAGUUUUUGGGAACAUUUUUAGGAGGAAGAAACGACUCAUCAAGGAGCUGAAAAGUCACACAACAAGGAGAGAGUGAAGAGGAAACUUACGACUAAUGGGAACUGCAGUCACUGCCCAAACGUUGAGGAAUCAUCAUAGCAUAUCUUGCAUAAUUUUCAAAAGACCAAGGGAAUCUGGAAGAACUUCAGACACUGUGUAACAGACAGCAAACAGGGCACCGAUUUCAACGAGUGGAUGAUUAACAACCUCUGCAAUGUUGACAAAGGAGUGGAUUUUGGACUGGUUUGUUGGCAUUUGUGGAAGCAGCGCAACAAAGAAUGCAUGGACAUGAAAGGUUAUUCGGAAGUCUCGCUCUCUUGCAAGAUUGAGGCGUGGUUCCGCAUCUUAAAGAAUGCCCAGCAGAAUGUUGCAAGGUGUUUGAAUUCUGGUACUUGCAUGAGAAUGGCGAUUGAUCUGGCUUGGGAGCCGCCACUUGAGGGAUGUGUACAGAUUCAGAAAAACGGAUAUGUCCUCUCCCCCUCAUGGGAAGCCUCGGGUGGAGGACUAAUUAGGGACAACCUUGGCAGAUGCCUUGCUGCCUUCGUGUGCAACCUCGGCAAAUGCUCAAUCACGGCCGCUGAGCUGAAAGGAGCAGUCGAGGGUCUCAAGGCUGUCUGAAACUUGGGAUACAGAAGAGUGCAACUGAAGGUGGAUUCAAUAACCGCCAUCAGCAUCAUGAAGGACAACGAGGAUACGAGCCACCGACAUGGUUUACUUGCUCAUCAAGUCAGACAACUCCUCAACAAAGAGUGGAGGGUUUCCGUCUCCCAUGCUCAUAGGGAAAGGAAUUUUGCAGUCGAUUACCUUGCUAGUAUGGGCCAUAGCUAAUUUUGGUACACCUCCUUUCGAUGUGGAAGAUCCGAAUCUGGUGAGAUGGAUCAUGUACGAUAUUAUGGGCAUUGCCCAAAAUCCUUCUAUUCGUAAUGUUAUCUAUGACGCUUUUGCAUUCGUCUUCCUACAAAAAAAAGAGCAAUUUUAGCUCCAACUGAUGCGUUCAACUACCCAUAUGGCACAUUAUAAUUGGUUUAUUUUUCUUAUAAUCUUAAUUAUAUUUGGAAAUAACAGAAAUGGAAAUGC